AUGAAAAACUUGAAAAGCAGUAUGUCAGAACUUGAAGAUAAUCUGAUGGGAGAUGUCUCUGUUCACACCGAUGAUGAACACCACUCUCCUCUUGUUGUAACCGAUGGCGAAGGCGCCCAGCAGCAAACUGAGACUCACACAGAUAGUUCAGUAUUACCAAAAGCCGAGACUCAACCAAAUUUGGUGAAUCCACCAACCACCGAAGAACACAAAGACGAACAAAAGGAAGCCGAAGUCCACGUGGAAGAAGAACAAAACACGAAAGAACCGUGCGAGUGUUGUGAAUGUGUUCAACAUGAGUUGGAAUUGAACUCCAAUGAGGAGGUGGAAGAGGACAAAUCGUCUGAAGAAAACGACGAGUCUUCUGAUAACGGCGACAAGAAAAAAGCGAAAAAGGCGAAGAAAGAGGACAAACGCGACAAAAAGCACCACAAAGAGAUCUUCAAGGCAAUGGAAAAGGCAGAAAAGAAUAAGGCGAAGUUAGAAAAGAAGAAGAAGAAAGAGGAGUCUAAAGCCGACAAAGUUGUUGAUGGAGUUCUUCAAAAAGACGAGAAAACGUACAUCAAGCAGCUUAAAAAGGAUGAAAAGGCUGAAGCUGAACAGACAAAGAAACAAGAGAAGAAAGACAAGAAAGACAAGAAAAAGGCAGAUAAGAAAAACAAGAAGAACGAAGACAGUAAAAAGAUUAAAGCAAAUAAAGAAGAAGAGGAAAACGAGAAACAAAGCAAAAAGGAAGCAAAGAAGUUGAAAAAAGCACAAAAGAAAGAAGAAAAGAAAAGCAAAAAAGACAAGAAGAGUAAAAAGGAUAAGAAGAAAGAUAAAAAGAAAGACAAGAAGAAAAAAUAA